AUGGAGACCAGUGGUGUACCUCAGAGGUCCAUACUGGGUCCAGUCCUGUUCAACACCUUCAUUAAUGAUCUGGAUGACAGGACAGAGUGCCUCCUCAGCAAGCUUGGAGAUGAUAGAAAACUGGGAAGAGUGGCUGAUGUGCCAGAGGGUCAUGAUGCCAUUGAGAGGCACCUUGACAGGCUGGAGAAAUGGGCUGGUAGGAACCUCAUAUGGUUCAACAAGAGGAAGUGUAAAAUCCUGCAGCUGGAAAGGAACAACCCCAUACACCAGUAUGUGCUGGGCCAGCCAGCUGGACAGCAUCUUGGCAGGAAAGGACUUGUGGGUCCUGAUGGACCCCAGGUUGAACAUGAACCAGCGAUUUUCGUGUUUGUUCUUAUUCCCAGGGAGAGGGCAAGAGCUCGGGAGGCACCACAGAAAUGGCUGCUGCAGAGACUCUUCCCGCCCGCCAACCUCACCAACCAGAGCAGCUGCAACGUGCACAACCACUACUUCUCCUCCAAAGUCACGUUCUCCCUUUUCUACACCGGCCUGCUGGUGUUCGGUGCCUGUGGCAACAUCCUGGCUCUCUGCAUCACCUUCCAGCGCAGGAAGAAGAAACUCAACUCCACCGACCUCUACCUGGUGAACCUGGCGCUCUCUGACGCCCUCUUCACCCUGGCGCUGCCAGGCAGGAUCGCCUACUACAUCCUGGAGUCCGACUGGCCCUUUGGGGACUGGUUCUGCCGAGCCACAGCCUUCGUUUUCUACAUGAACACCUAUGUGGGCAUCUACUUCAUGACCUGCGUGAGCGUGGACCGCUACGUCGCGGUGGUGCGCUCCAGGCACCCCGGCAGGAUUCGGAAGAUGAGCCGUGCCAGGGGCGUCUGCGCCCUCAUCUGGUGCUUGGUGUUCCUGCAGACGGCGCCGCUGCUGCUGCGGCCCAUGACGCGCAGGGUGGGGGACAAGCUGACGUGCAUGGAGUACUUCAACUUCGAGGAGAUUCCCAGACUGCCUUACCUGCUCCUGGGGGCUUGCGUGCUCGGGUUCUUCCUACCCGUGGGCAUCAUCUUGGUGUGUUACGUGAGGAUCAACCUCAAGCUCUGCCAGACUGCCAAGGAGAACCCGCUGACGGUGAAGAACGGGCACCACCGCCGGGCCUUCACCAUCAUCCUGGUGGUGCUGCUGGCUGUCCUGCUCUGCUUCAGCCCCUACCACAUCAACAUCGUUCAGUUUAUGGUUAGGAAGAUCCUCUACCAGCCAUCCUGCCGCGAGCAGCAAGCCUUCAAGAUGUCCCUUCAAGUCACUGUGGCAUUCAUGAACCUCAACUGCUGCAUAGACCCCAUCAUCUACUUCUUUGCCUUCCGGGGCUACAAGCGGAGGCUGCUCCUCAUCUUCAGGAACAGUGGCUCAGUGACCACUACCUCGAAGACCCCCUCUGAGAGCAACAGCAACAACCAGCCACCCGGCUCCGUCUCUGUCUAG